GCGCCGGGCCGGAGAGGCGGAGGCGGAGGCGGCGGAGGAGGAGGGUCGCGGCCGGCGCCAUGGGGCCGGGGGCCCGGGGCCACGGCGGCCGCUGGAGGUCGUCGCCGCCAUCCCCGGGGGCGCUGCCCGGGCUGCUGCUGCUGCUGCCGCUUCUCGCGGGGCUCGGGGCUGCAGCCCCCCCCUGCCUGGAUGGAAGCCCUUGUGCCAAUGGAGGUCGCUGCACCCAGCUGCCCUCCAGGGAGGCCGCCUGCCUGUGCCCGCCGGGCUGGGUGGGUGAGCGGUGCCAGCUGGAAGACCCCUGCCACUCGGGGCCCUGUGCUGGCCGCGGCGUCUGCCAGAGCUCGGUGGUCGCGGGCACUGCCAGGUUCUCCUGCCGGUGUCCCCGGGGCUUCCGAGGCCCCGACUGCUCACUGCCAGACCCCUGCCUCAGCAGCCCUUGUGCCCACGGUGCCCGCUGCUCCGUGGCCUCCGACGGCCGCUUCGUCUGCUCCUGCCCUCCCGGCUACCAGGGCCGCAGCUGCCGAAGCGACGUGGACGAGUGCCGGGUGGGCAGGCCCUGCCGCCAUGGUGGCACCUGCCUCAACACUCCAGGGUCCUUCCACUGCCAGUGCCCAGGGGGCUUCGCGGGGCCCCUGUGUGAGAGCCCCGCCGUGCCCUGCGCCCCCUCUCCCUGCCGCAACGGGGGGACCUGCAGGCAGAGCGGCGAGCUGACCUACGACUGUGCCUGCCUGCCCGGCUUUGAGGGUCAGCACUGUGAGGUGAACGUGGACGACUGCCCAGGACACCAGUGUCUCAACGGGGGCACCUGUGUGGACGGCGUCAACACCUACAACUGCCAGUGUCCCCCUGAGUGGACAGGCCAGUUCUGCACGGAGGACGUGGACGAGUGCCAGCUGCAGCCCAAUGCUUGCCACAACGGGGGCACGUGCUUCAACACCCUGGGCAGCCACAGCUGCGUGUGCGUCAAUGGCUGGACCGGAGAGAGCUGCAGUCAGAAUAUCGACGACUGUGCCACGGCCGUGUGCUUCCAUGGGGCCACCUGCCACGACCGCGUGGCCUCCUUCUACUGUGCCUGCCCCAUGGGCAAGACCGGCCUUCUGUGCCAUCUGGAUGAUGCCUGUGUCAGCAACCCAUGUCACGAGGAUGCUAUCUGCGACACAAACCCCGUGAACGGCCGGGCCAUCUGCACGUGUCCAGCCGGCUUCACCGGAGGGGCGUGUGACCAGGACGUGGAUGAGUGCUCCAUUGGUGCCAACCCGUGUGAACAUCUGGGUCGCUGCGUGAACACCCAGGGGUCCUUCCUGUGCCAGUGCGGUCGAGGCUACACUGGACCUCGCUGUGAGACCGAUGUCAACGAGUGUCUGUCUGGGCCCUGCCGCAACCAGGCCACCUGCCUUGACCGCAUUGGCCAGUUUACCUGUAUCUGCAUGGCAGGCUUCACGGGAACUUACUGCGAGGUGGACAUUGAUGAGUGUCAGAGCAGCCCAUGUGUCAACGGUGGGGUCUGCAAGGACCGAGUCAACGGCUUCAGCUGUACCUGCCCCUCGGGCUUCAGUGGGUCCACGUGUCAGCUCGACGUGGACGAGUGUGCCAGCACACCCUGCAGGAACGGUGCCAAGUGCGUGGACCAACCUGAUGGCUACGAGUGUCGCUGCGCGGAGGGCUUCGAGGGGACGCUGUGCGAGCGCAACGUGGACGACUGCUCCCCGGACCCUUGCCAUCACGGGCGCUGCGUGGACGGCAUCGCCAGCUUCACCUGCGCCUGCGCGCCCGGCUACACGGGCACGCGCUGCGAGAGCCAGGUGGAUGAGUGCCGCAGCCAGCCCUGCCGCCACGGGGGCAAAUGCCUCGACCUGGUGGACAAAUACCUGUGCCGCUGUCCUCCUGGCACCACGGGUGUGAACUGUGAGGUGAACAUCGAUGAUUGUGCCAGUAACCCCUGCACCUUCGGAGUCUGUCGUGAUGGUAUCAACCGUUAUGACUGUGUCUGCCGGCCUGGCUUCAUAGGGCCGCUCUGCAACGUGGAGAUUAACGAGUGUGCAUCCAGCCCUUGCGGUGAGGGCGGCUCCUGCUUGGAUGUGGAAAACGGCUUCCGCUGCCUCUGCCCACCUGGCUCCCUGCCUCCGCUCUGCCUGCCUCCGAGCCACCCCUGUGCCCACGAGCCGUGCAGCCACGGCGUGUGCCAUGACGCCCCCGGCGGGUUCCGCUGUGUGUGUGAGCCUGGCUGGAGCGGUCCUCGAUGUAGCCAGAGCCUGGCUCGAGACACCUGCGAGUCCCAGCCGUGCCGCGGGGGUGGCACCUGCGUCAGCGAUGGAACGGGCUUCCGCUGCUCCUGCCCCCCCGGGGUCCAGGGCCGCCAGUGUGAGCUGCUGUCUCCUUGCACCCCAAAUCCUUGUGAGCACGGGGGGCGCUGUGAAGCUGCCCCUGGCCAGCCGGUUGUCUGCUCCUGCCCUCUGGGCUGGCAAGGACCACGAUGCCAGCAGGACGUGGACGAGUGUGCCGACCCUGCCGCCUGCGGUCCCCACGGCACCUGCACCAACCUGGCGGGAAGUUUCAGCUGCACCUGCCACGGCGGGUACACCGGGCCCUCCUGUGACAAGGACAUCGAUGACUGUAACCCCAACCCGUGCCUCAACGGCGGCUCCUGUGAGGACGGCGUGGGCUCCUUCUCCUGCUCUUGCCUCCCUGGCUUUGCUGGCCCUCGCUGUGCGCUGGAUGUGGAUGAGUGUGCCAGCAGCCCCUGUGGCCCGGGGACUUGCACUGACCACGUGGCCUCCUUCGCCUGCUCCUGUCCCCCGGGCUAUGGAGGCCUCCACUGUGAGAAGGACCUGCCGGACUGCAGCCCCAGCUCCUGUUUCCAUGGAGGGACCUGUGUGGACCGCGUGAACUCCUUCAGCUGCCUGUGUCGCCCUGGUUACACUGGAGUCCAUUGCCAGUAUGAGGCCGACCCCUGCCUCUCACGGCCCUGCCUGAACGGGGGCGUCUGCAGUGCCACGCACCCUGGCUUCCGCUGUGCCUGCCAGGAGGGCUUCGCAGGCAGCCAGUGCCAGUCCCUGGUUGACUGGUGCAGCCAGGCUCCCUGUAAAAACGGAGGUCGCUGUGUCCAGACUGGGGCCUACUGCCUGUGUCGCCCCGGAUGGAGCGGCCGGCUCUGUGACAUCCGGAGCCUGCCCUGCGCGGAGGCGGCAGCCCAGAUGGGGGUGCGGUUGGAGCAUCUGUGUCAGGCAGGCGGACAGUGCGUGGACAAGGGCGGCUCCUAUUCCUGCGUAUGUCCAGAGGGUCGCACUGGCAGCCACUGCGAGCAGGAGGCGGACCCCUGCAUGGCUCGGCCCUGCCAGCACGGGGGCACCUGCCGGGGCUACAUGGGGGGCUACGUGUGUGAGUGUCCAGCUGGUUACUCUGGGGACAACUGUGAGGACGAUGUGGACGAGUGUGCCUCUCAGCCCUGCCAGCACGGGGGCUCCUGCAUUGACCUCGUGGCCCGAUAUCUCUGCUCCUGUCCCCCUGGGACACUGGGAUCGCACUGUGAGGUCAACGAGGAUGACUGUGGUCCAUCCCCGGACCUGGGCCUCCGGUGCCUGCACAACGGCACCUGUGUGGACCUGGUGGGCGGCUUCCGCUGUAAUUGCCCCCCAGGAUACACGGGUCUGCACUGCGAGGCGGACAUCAACGAGUGUCGCCCUGGCGCCUGCCAUGCAGCCCACACCCAGGACUGCCUGCAGGAGCCCGGUGGGCACUUCCGCUGCCUCUGCCAUGCUGGCUUCACAGGGCCCCGCUGUCAGACCGCUCUGUCUCCUUGUGAGUCCCAGCCAUGCCAGAAUGCAGGCCAGUGCCGCCCCAGCCCGGGCCCGGGGGGCGUGCUGACCUUCACCUGCCACUGUGUCCAGCCGUUCUGGGGUCCGCGCUGUGAGCAUGUGGCACGUACCUGUCGGGAGCUGCAGUGCCUUCCAGGCGUCCCCUGCCAGCAGACACCGCGCGGGCCUCGCUGCGCGUGUCCCCCGGGCGUGUCGGGGCUCUCCUGCCGCUCCAAGGCGCUGCCCCCGGGAAGCACCAACGCCAGCUGCGCAGCUGCCCCCUGUCUGCACGGGGGCUCCUGUCGCCCUGCGCCCCUCGCCCCCUUCUUCCGCUGCGGGUGCGCUCCAGGCUGGACCGGGCCGCGCUGCGAGACUUCGGUAGCAGUGUCAGCGCCCGAGGUCGCGGAGGAGCCGUGGUGCCCACGAGCCGCCUGCCAGGCCAAGCGCGGGAACCGGCGCUGCGACCGCGAAUGCAACAUUCGGGCCUGCGGCUGGGACGGCGGCGACUGCUCGCUGAGCGUGGACGACCCCUGGCGGCAGUGCGAGGCGCUGCAGUGCUGGCGUCUCUUCAACAACAGCCGCUGCGACCCGGCCUGCAGCUCGCCCGCCUGCCUCUAUGACAACUUUGACUGCCACGGCCGAGAGCGCACCUGCAACCCUGUCUACGAGAAGUACUGCGCUGACCACUUCGCAGAUGGCCGCUGCGAUCAGGGCUGCAACACGGAGGAGUGUGGCUGGGACGGGCUGGACUGCGCAAGCGAGGUGCCGGCUCUGCUGGCCCGCGGCGUCCUGGUCCUCACGGUGCUGAUGCCCCCCGAGGAGCUGCUGCGCUCCAGCGCCGACUUCCUGCAGCGUCUCAGCGCCAUCCUGCGCACCUCUCUGCGCUUCCGCCUGGACGCGAAUGGCAAGGCCAUGGUCUUCCCUUACCACCGGCCCAGCUCUGGUUCCGAGGCUCGUACCCGGCGGGAGCUGGCACCUGAGGUGAUCGGCUCUGUAGUGAUGCUGGAGAUUGACAACCGGCUCUGCCUGCAGUCGCCUGAGAAUGACCACUGCUUCCCCGACGCCCAGAGCGCAGCAGAUUACUUGGGAGCCUUGUCCGUGGUGGAGCGCCUCGACUUUCCCUACCCACUGCGGGAUGUGCGAGGGGAACCACUGGAGCUUCCAGAGCCAAGCGUGCCAAUGCUGCCACUGCUGGCCGCAGGCGCCGUCUUCUUGCUGGUCAUCCUCGUCCUGGGCGUCAUGGUGGCGCGCCGCAAGCGUGAGCACAGCACUCUCUGGUUCCCCGAGGGCUUCGCACUGCACAAGGACGUGGCAGGCGGCCACAAGGGCCGGCGCGAACCGGUGGGACAAGACGCACUGGGCAUGAAGAGCAUGGCCAAGGGCGAGACUCUGAUGGGGGAGAUGGCCUCAGACUGGAUGGACACAGACUGCCCGGAGGCCAAACGACUGAAGGUGGAGGAGCCCGGUGUGGGCGCCGAGGAGCCCGUGGAUUGCCGCCAGUGGACCCAGCACCACCUGGUGGCCGCGGACAUCCGUGUGGCCCCUGCCAUGGCUCUGACGCCACCGCAGGGCGAUGCAGAUGUCGAGGGCGUGGAUGUCAACGUGCGCGGCCCAGAUGGCUUCACCCCGCUCAUGCUGGCCUCCUUCUGUGGGGGCGCCCUGGAGUCGGUGCCCGCAGAAGAGGAGGAGGCGGAGGACACGUCUGCCAGCAUCAUCUCCGACCUCAUCUGCCAGGGGGCGCAGCUUGGGGCGCGCACCGACCGCACGGGCGAGACGGCCCUGCACCUGGCUGCCCGCUACGCCCGGGCCGACGCUGCCAAGCGGCUGCUGGACGCCGGCGCCGACACCAACGCCCAGGACCACUCGGGUCGCACCCCGCUACACACGGCCGUCACCGCUGAUGCCCAGGGCGUCUUCCAGAUCCUCAUCCGGAACCGCUCCACAGACCUGGAUGCCCGCAUGGCUGACGGCUCCACGGCGCUGAUCCUGGCGGCCCGCCUGGCGGUGGAGGGCAUGGUGGAGGAGCUCAUCGCCAGCCACGCCGACGUCAACGCCGUGGACGAGCUGGGGAAAUCCGCCUUGCAUUGGGCUGCAGCUGUGAACAAUGUGGAGGCCACCCUGGCUCUGCUCAAAAAUGGGGCAAACAAGGACAUGCAGGACAGCAAGGAGGAGACACCGCUCUUUCUGGCUGCCCGUGAGGGCAGCUACGAGGCUGCCAAGCUGCUGCUGGACCACUACGCCAACCGGGAGAUCACGGACCACCUGGACAGGCUGCCGCGCGACGUGGCCCAGGAGCGGCUGCACCAGGACAUCGUGCGCUUGCUGGACCAGCCCAGCGGACCCCGCAGCCCCCCCGGCCCCCAUGGCCUGGGCCCCCUGCUCUGCCCGCCCGGGGCCUUCCUCCCGGGCCUCAAGACAGCCUCGUCGGGGCCCAAGAAGAGCAGGAGGCCCCCUGGGAAGGCGGGGCCCGGGCCGCAGGGGCCGCGGGGCCGGGGCAAGAAGCUGACGCUGGCCUGCCCGGGGCCGCUGGCCGAGAGCUCGGUCACACUGUCGCCCGUGGACUCACUGGACUCCCCAAGGGCCUUUGGCGGACCCCCUGCUUCCCCUGGCUCUUUCCCCAUCGAGGGUUCCUACGCAGCUGCUGCUGCCACUGCCGUGUCCUUGGCCCAGCUGGGUGGCCCUGGCCGGUCUGGUGCCCUGGGCCGCCAACCCCCCGGGGGCUGCGUGCUCAGCCUGGGGCUGCUGAACCCAGUGGCUGUGCCCCUUGACUGGGCCCGGCUGCCCCCACCGGCGCCCCCUGGGCCCUCCUUCCUGCUGCCCCUGGCUGCAGGCCCCCAGCUGCUCAACCCCGGGACCCCUGUGUCCCCCCAGGAGCGGCCCCCGCCUUACCUGGCAGCUCCGGGACACGGGGAGGAGUACCCAGUGGCGGGGACCCGUGGCAGCCCCCCCAAGGCUCGCUUCCUGCGGGUCCCCAGCGAGCACCCAUACCUGACCCCGUCCCCGGAGUCCCCCGAGCACUGGGCCAGCCCGUCCCCCCCUUCCCUCUCAGACUGGUCCGAUUCCACUCCCAGCCCGGCCACGGCUCCCGGGGCCACGGCCACGGCUGCUGCAGCCCUGCCGUCCCAGCCUCACCCACUGUCCGUCCAAGGCUCCCUGGCCCAGGCCCAGAGCCAGCUGGGGGCCCAGCCCGAAGGCACCCCGAAGAGGCAGGUGUUGGCCUAAAUCGCUCCCCCGUCCCUGGACCUUCGUCCUGCUCCCUGCCUUCCAGGCCCAGCUGGGUCUCUGCCCCAGCCUCAGUCUCCCUUUAUUUAUAACAGACGGGGCUGACGUCCAUCCUGUCUUCCGAGGAGUCUGGGGAGCCUUCUUUCCCCCUAGCUCUCGACCCUCUCCCCUCAUUUUCUCACUCUGUAUGAGUGGGCAAUUAUUUUUUUGUUUUUCUUUUUUUACAUUUUGUAUAGAAACAAAUUCAUUUAAACAAACUUAUUAUUAUUAUUUUUUACAAAAUAUAUCUAUAGGGAGAAGCUCCUUCCCCUGGACGCCCCUCAGGGGCCCCGUGGGGCUGAGUCCUGGGCCCGUUCGGCCGAGCUGGAUCCUGUGUACCGAGUACGCAGGCAUGAGCGGGAUCCCGUGUACCGAGUACACGGCCCUGGUGUGUACCAAGUAGACACCCUUGGGCGCACCCCUGGGCCCAGGGUUAGGGGAGACCUGGGCGCCUCCCUCCCACCCCCCACUUCACAGCAUUCCAGUCCUGUGGGUCUGCAGCAGGAGGGUCCUUACCCCAGACCCUGGGUCCCCUCCCUUUGGGAAUGGGGGGCAGCAGGAGGGGAUGGAUCAGGGGAGGUGUGUGCAUUCUGUGCCCCCCCCCACCCGUGAGCUGGGAACUGUGGCAGGGUGACUCCUGCACGGAUGGCACCUUCUGCCCCGUGGCCCAACCUCCUAGCAGAUUAGAGGUAUCUGUAGGCUAUUUUUGUAAUAGGGCUUCCGGUCACCACCCCUGUGUAGCUGAAUCCCAGCCCUGAGCUGUACAGCCCCAAUUCCUCACCACCUAAUAAAGGGAUAGUUAACACUU